AUGUCCCUCCCUUGGCACGGUGCUCCUCAACCUGCCGCUCGCUGUGCUCUCCACGCUGAGCUGGAUGGGUCCCAGCCCCAGCACAUCCCCGCGGCCGAGCCUCUCCCAGCAAACUGCAGGGAGGAGUUUCCUCAACUCGUUUGUUUAGGAAUUAAGAAAAUAAAAGCCAAGGCUGAUCCGUGCGCCAGGAAGCAGCGCGGAACGGCCGCAAGCCCUGCCCAGGCACCCGGAGGUGCUCACUCACCCCAUCCCCAUACACUGACCCUAACACAGCCCCCAGACCCCCGCAGCACCGGCCUCAAAGCCCGGGCUACAGGCUUUAUCGGGGGGGGAGGAAGGGGGGGCACUCUCCAUCUUCGGGAGAAACCCCGAAGGACCGAGGGCAGGCGGGGGGAGACCGGGGCGGCUCCGGGUGCUCCGGAUGCUGCGGAGGGGCGGGCGGCAGAGUCCGGGGCUGCUCGGUCGGUCCCCGCGCAACCUCUCCCGGAGCCAGACCCGGACCCGGGCCCGGAUCCCGCCCGCUCCCUCCACGCCGUCCCCAGUCCCCGAUCCCCCGCCCCGGGCCCCGAGCGCCCUGCCCGGUCCCCGCCCCGAGGUGCCCGCACCCCCCGGCUCCGCCGCUCGAGCUCCCCCGUGCGCCCUGCCCCGGGAGGCGGCGGCGGCAGCUCCCGCACCCGGCGCUGUCCGUGCCCGCGGCUCCCCGCACCGGCCAUGCCGGGGCCGCGCCGGGAUCGCCCGGCGGUGCUGCUGCUGCUCGGGGCGCUGCUGGCGGCCGAUCUCUACUUCCACCUCUGGCCGCGGGCGCGGCGGGAGCUGAGUGCGGGAGCCCCGGGCUGCCCGUGCCGCCGCCGCCACCCAGAGCCCCCCGCCGCCGCCCCGCAGCCGCCGCCCCGCGCCCGCGCCGCCUCCGCGCUGCGCCGCCUCUUCGCACACCCGCUGUACCGCGCCGCCGCCCCGCCGGGCCCCGCGGAGCCGCUGCUGGGCGCCCGCGAAGCCCUGCGCUACUACCGGCGGAAGGCGGCUCGCUGGAACAGGAGACACAAGCUCUACAGGGAGGAACUCAACCUAACCUCUCCAUCAGCCCCGCUGCCGCUGCGGCCAGAGGCCAGCUGGCUCCAGUUCCACCUGGGAAUCAGCCGGGAUGGGCUCUACCCGCGCUCCAGCCCCGCCGUCACCAGGCUGCUCCGGGACAUGCAAGAGUUCACCACUAUCAGUGCUGACUACAGCCAGGAUGAGAAAGCACUGCUGGGAGCCUGCGACUGCAGCCAGAUCGUGAAGCCCAGCGGCGUGCACCUGAAGCUAGUGCUCAGGUUCCAGGAUUUUGGGAAGGCCAUGUUCAAGCCCAUGAGGCAGAAACGUGAGGAAGAGACCCCCGAGGACUUCUUCUACUUCGUUGACUUCCAGCGGCACAAUGCAGAGAUCGCUGCCUUCCACCUGGACAGGAUCCUGGAUUUCCGGAGGGUGCCACCCACGGUUGGGAGGUUGAUCAAUGUCACCAAGGAGAUCCUGGAGGUCACCAAGAACGAGAUCCUGCAGAGCGUCUUCUUCAUCUCACCAGCCAGCAACGUGUGCUUCUUUGCCAAGUGCCCGUAUAUGUGCAAGACGGAGUAUGCUGUGUGUGGGAACCCUCACCUCCUGGAAGGGUCCCUCUCUGCCUUCCUGCCAUCCCUCAACCUGGCACCACGGCUCUCCAUCCCAAACCCAUGGAUCCGGUCCUACUCGUUUGAUGGAAAAGAGGAGUGGGAAGUGAAUCCGCUCUACUGCAACACAGUGAGGGAGAUCUACCCCUACAGCAACGGCAACCGGCUGCUUAACAUCGUCGACAUGGCCAUAUUUGACUUCCUAAUAGGGAACAUGGACCGCCACCACUACGAGAUGUUCACCAAGUUUGGGGACGAUGGCUUCCUCCUGCAUCUGGACAACGCCAGAGGGUUCGGGCGGCAUUCCCAUGAUGAAACCUCCAUCCUGGCGCCGCUCUCCCAGUGUUGCAUAAUCAAGAGGACGACGUUACUGCGGCUGCAGCUCCUGGCCGAGCCCGAGUACCGGCUCAGCGACGUGAUGCGGGAAUCCCUGCUGCAGGAUCGCCUGGCUCCCGUCCUCACCGAGCCCCAUCUCUUGGCUUUGGACCGACGGUUACAGCUCAUCCUGAGAGCUGUGAGGAAAUGCAUAGACACCUAUGGGGAAGCCAAGGUGGUGGCCAAUGAUACCACGCAGCCCGAGGCUCCUGCAUCUGACAGAGUGAAGCUGACCACUUAAACAGCCUGGAACUCGUGCUCAGAGGCAAGGAAAACCCCUGCAAGGCAAGUGGGAAGCUUUAAGAGCUGGUGGUUUCAAUCUACAAACCCUUGUGGAGACUGAGAGGGGAGAAACCCUUCAGAAGAUGAUCAGGAAUCACACUGGGCUCCUGCGCUGGGUGCUUGACCAAAGCUGCUGUGCUUGGCCUGUGUGUUGGUAAGUUGUGGUCUGACUGCAGCAGAUCUUCAUGCCCUGUGCACCAGCUCUAUGGUGGGAAAGCAGGGAUGAUCUGUUCUGGAGCUGCUUGUGCCCUUGGGAGGGUGGGGAACACACGGCCGUUGGUUUGCCCAAUCUGCUUGGUUGCUGGUGAAGGACACAAAUGAGAACCAAGGAUGAGGCUUGAAUAAAGAUGCCAAGAACAUU